AUGCGUCUUCUACUCUUGUUGUCCACUUUCUCCCUCGGGGGAUUGUCUACGGUCUCGGCACAAUGUCCUGAUUACUCGGAUUACUCCAUGGCCACCCACGAGCCCUUCUCGGCGGGGAAGUAUCAGCUCUCAUAUCAGAGGCCAAUAGCUGCAUGCCGGACAGCCAACGUUUCGGAUGUUGAGAAGGUCAUCCAGGAUAUGAAAGCGGUGGUGAAGGACCCGGAUCUCUUCCGAUUAUUUGAAAAUACCUUCCCGAACACACUGGACACCACGGUGAAAUGGAAAGGCUAUGCAGAAGAUGAUUCGACAGAAGAGCUUACCUUUGUCACGACCGGGGAUAUUGUGGCUAUGUGGCUUCGCGAUUCAGCCAACCAAUUGCGUAGCUAUAAGUCACUUCUUAAGGCAGAUGAUUCUCCCGAUUCGAUAGCAUCCCUCUAUCGCGGUGCGAUUAACUUACAGGCGCGAUACGUCAUCCGAAAUCCAUAUUGCAAUGCAUUCCAAGCACCAACCGAGUCGGGUUUACCACCAGAGAGCAAUGGUUAUGCAGACACUGACAAAGUGACGCCCCCUUAUAACACCAGCUUUGUUUUCGAAUGCAAGUACGAGCUUGAUUCGAUUUCAGCUUUCCUGCAAUUAUCAUACGACUAUUAUAAUAAAACCGAGGAUUCCGACUUCUUUGGCAAGUUCCGAUGGGUUGAAGCCGUCGAGACAAUUCUUAACGUGACGGAAGGUCUCCUUGUUGGAACAUACGGUGAUGACGGGUCUGUUAACGAGUCGCCGUAUACAUUUCAACGACAAAGCACCAGUGCAACGGAGACUCUUGCAAAUACCGGAGCCGGAAACCCCGUAAAAAGCGGUACCGGAUUGGUUCGCAGUGCAUUCCGCCCUUCGGAUGACUCAACCAUCUACCAACUGUUUAUUCCCGCAAACAUGCAAUUCUCGAGCUAUCUUGGAAAAUCCGCCGAGAUUAUGGAGGCGCACGAUCCCGAACUCGCAAAACGCAUGAGCGAUUUCGCAUGCAGCGUGCGAGAAGGGAUUGAAACACACGGUAAGGUGCAGCACGAGGUUUUGGGAGAGAUAUACGCAUAUGAGGUCGAUGGGUUUGGGUCGAGAAACCUGAUGGACGAUGCCAACGUCCCAAGUUUACUGAGCGCACCGCUUCUAGAUUAUCUAGAUGCAUCGGACGAGACGUAUCAGAGAACCCGUAAAUUUGCGCUUUCGACGUGGAACCCGUAUUAUAUGCACGGCCCCGUGCUGAAUGGUACCGGAGGUCCUCACGUGGGGCCUGGAAAAGCCUGGCCAAUGUCGAUCAUCACGUCACUCUUGACUUCCGACGACGAUGAUGAGAUCCUUACGGGACUGCAGGAGCUGGUGUCAUCUACCGACGGGUUGGGGUUGAUUCACGAAUCUGUAGAUACGUUCGAUGCGUCGGUAUGGACACGGGAGUGGUUUUCCUGGGCUAACGGCUUAUUUGGAGAAAUGCUGCUAGGACUGAAAGAUAGGAAACCUCAUUUACUCGAGGCGAGCUUCCAGUAG